AUGACAAAAAUGGCCGACGGCGUGGACAUCGAUCUGUACGCCGACGAUUUGGAACAAGACUUCGCCCAGGAGGAUUUUGCUGGUAACGACAAUGUAGAUUUGUAUGAUGAUGUCAUAUCUGGGACAAAUGACAGUGCUCAGACAAGACAACCAGUUGAUAGACCUCCUAGUGCAAAUAACCAAAAUAGUACUCCAUUAGUCACAAAUGGUUCAUCCACUAACAGCUCCUCUAGUAAUAAUUCUACUACAGGACGUCGGUACCAAUUAUACAUCSGUAAUUUAACAUGGUGGACAACUGAUCAAGAUAUAACGGAUAGUGUUACAAGUAUAGGUGUCUCAGAUUUCAUUGAGGUUAAAUUUUUUGAAAAUCGAGGAAAUGGCCAAUCAAAAGGUUUCUGUGUUGUUACAUUGGGCUCUGAACAUAGUUUACGAAUGGUUAUGGAUAGAUUACCAAAAAAAGAGCUCCAUGGACAAUCGCCUGUUGUCACUUUUCCAACUAAACAAGCCCUUUUACAAUUUGAAUCACAAUCCAAAACUCGUCCACUACCUCCACCAAACAAUCAGAAUAUGCCAUCUAUGGGUGGUAUGUCAAGAACACCUGGUCAAGUUAUGCAGCAACCUAUGCGUGGUGGCCCUAUGAUGCCACAGCAACCUAUGAUGCAACAACAAGGAAUGAGAAAUAGAAUGCCAAUGCAAGGUAUGCAGCAACCCCCUCAAGGCAUGCAGCCACCGAUGGGAAUGACUAAUGGCCAUAGAAUGCCAUUGCAAUCAGGUGGACCUAUGGGUCCUCAUCAACAAGGUCCCCCUCCUCCAGGUUACCAAAACCAAUGGAAUGGAAUUAACCAACAAAUGGGUCCUCCAAGACCAGGGAUGCAACCUCAAGGACCUGUGGGUCAGCCUAGAGGACCACCUCCAGGAAUGUUUCCACCGGGUCAAGGUCCACCACGAAUGGGGCCACCACAAGGUCCUCAGGGUCCACCAGGACCUGGAGGUCCACGUGGUGAUUGGAAUCGUCCUCCUGGAAUGGCACCACAUCAAAUGGCCCCACCAGGUUCAGGUUUUCCACCACAUCAACAAGGCCCACCAAUGCAAGGUCCUCCGCCUGGUCAAGGCCCAGUUCAAAUGAUGCCAGGUGGCCCUGGUCAAGCACCAGCUCCACACGUGAAUCCGGCAUUCUUCCAACAGCCUAGUGGUGCACCUCAGGGACCUCCAGGUCAUCCAGGAUAUGGUCCUCCUAAUGGACCUACUUCUCGACCUUACAUGAAUAAUGAUAUGGGAAUGUCAGAACAAGAAUUAGAAGAAAUUAUGAGUAGGAACAGAACUGUCUCUAGUUCGGCUAUUGCUCGAGCUGUUGCUGAUGCUGCUGCUGGUGAAUUCUCAAAUGCUAUUGAAACUUUGGUUACUGCAAUAUCAUUAAUAAAACAAUMCAAGGUUGCUAGUGAUGAGCGUUGUAAAAUAUUAGUGAGUUCUUUGCACGAUACAUUACAUGGGAUUGAAAGCAAGAGUUAUAGUUCAAGAAGAGAGAGGUCUAGAUCACCUCGUGACAGAUUGCAUCGAAGAUCAAGGCGUGAGCGGACUAGAUCCCGUGAACGUGACUAUAGAGAUAGAAGUCGUGAACGUGAUCGUGAUAGGGAAAGAGAUCGUGACAAGUACGUUGACCGUUAUUAUACUUCAGAACGAGAUGGUGACAGAGAUAGGGAAAGAGAAAGGGAUCGCGAAUACAGAGAGAGAAGUCGAGAAGACAGUUCUGUAAAAGCAAGCGGCCGAAAUAGGAAAAUCACUCCGCCCGACGUAACCGAGUCUGUUCCUGUAUCCUCUAAAUCCAGGUAUUAUGAUGAUCGUUAUCGAGAACGUGAACGUGAUAGAGACAGAGAACGAGAUCGUGAACGUGAACGAGAACCGACCUCUAGUAGGAGAGCAGUAGAUCCAGACAGAGAUAUUGAACGUGACCGUGAUCGUAGGGAAGACCGUGCUGAAUCUUCGCAUCGUAGUUCUAGACAUUAAUACAUCUGUGGCGCCGCUGAUCCAUCCAUUUAUAUUAUAUAAAUACAAGUAUGCGCAAGACUGUAUUUUUGAAAUUUAUGUAUCCAUUUUGUAGAUUGUACAAAUAUCAUGGGACAUGUUUAAUAAUGUAUUUUUAAGAUAUCAAUCUUUUAUUUUUAAUUAUAUGCGGGUGGUUUAAAAUACAUAUUAUGAAUAAUAAACAUUUUAAUGUAAUCUUUUUUUCUCUAGUUUUCAGUUUUAAAUUUUUUUUUACUUUAAAUGUGUCGUUAUUCUAUCUGUAUCACACCUUAAUUGUACCUAUAAUUGUUAUGAUUGAUAUUUAAUAAUAGUGCAUUGCGACAGCUUAUGACAUCUGGAUCUUGGAACUCAACACAUUUUAGACUAGAUUAUUUAGGUACCCAAUUUUUGUAUUACACAUUAUUACAUAAUUAUUACAUAAUUAUAUAUUAUU